AUGCUGAUGUUCGUCAUUGCAAACAUCGUCGGCAGCACCAUCCAGAUAACUACCCUCCCGCUUCCGGUGCUUUCAACCCUUCAAGCAGUCAGUGACUUCUCUGAAUCAUAUGCUUUCACCAGAUACUCUCUCAUCGGCACAGUCUUGGUCUGCAUCGGCGCGCUCCUUAUAGCAGUUUUUGGCGCCGUGGGGGAGCCAGCGCAUACUCUCGAUCAGCUUUUGGAGCUACUGCAGCGUCGAAACUUUAUACUUUGGAUGGCAGGGACGGCCGUAUUGGUGCUGGUCAUCUAUCUCGGCUCCCGCCUGCUGAAAUUCCUGGCUUCUCCAUCUCGUUCUAAAUACCCCGGCACACGCGGUUCAUAUAGGCCGCACUUGCAAAUCUCCCACGGACGUGUUCGACUGAUCCGCGGUCUAUGCUAUGGCAUGAUCAGCGGUAUCCUAUCGGCGCAUUCUCUUCUGCUCGCUAAAUCAGCCGUGGAGCUCCUCGUUCGGACAGUCGUGGAUCGCGUCAAUCAAUUCGAUCGCUGGCAAUCUUGGGUCAUUCUUCUCGCCAUGAUCGGUCUUGCCCUCUCUCAACUAUUCUAUCUACAUCGGGGCCUGAAGCUGUGCAGCACCAGUGUCCUGUACCCAUUCGUCUUCUGCAUCUAUAAUAUUAUCGCCAUCAUAGAUGGAUUAAUAUACUUCCGGCAAAUGUCCCAGCUGGCAGGCUUCCAUGCUGGGCUGAUAUCGCUUGGAACAAUUGUCUUACUUGGAGGUGUCCUCUGCUUGUCGUGGCGCUUAGAGGUCAUAGACAGCCAUGCGGCUGUGACUGUUGUCGGACCGUCUCAGACUGGCCUUGGUCCUGGAAUGGCUGUCGUCGAGGAGCAUGAAACCUCCCCCCUUAGUCUGGGAAGGGACAGCCACGAGGAUCUGGAGCGUGAGCCCCUCUUACGCAGUGCUCAAAUUCCUCGGCGAAGUAUACAUAAGAGAGCACCCAGUCUGCCUCUACCUCAAUCCUCAUUGAGUCCGCAGGACUCCACGGCAGAUCUCGAUCCAGCUUCCAUCUGGGCAGAGUUGGAUGACUCUGACUUUGACUAUGCCGCAGCUAUGAUGCGUUCCUCCAGGCGCAGUCGCACAUUUGGAGAUCCACCUUCGGCCCAGUCAAGAAGCAGAAUGAGAAACAGUUUCCAGCGUGGACCUCGCCGCUCCAGCACCAUUUCAGUCAACCAGAAUACCUGGAACCCGCGCAGAACAUCACAAGCCGUACAUCAGGGGCGUCGCAAGCAACGGCGAACAUCAGCACCUGCUCCAGAGAACCGCAGUCUCCUUUCGAAGCCCCAACCCCACGCAACCGGCUACGGCACCCAGGACGACCGCUCAGACAACCUAGUAUCGGGGCAUCGUCGCCGCGAAUCCCUCACCGACGCAGAUUCAUCAGCCGGGUACUCGAAUCUCCUCGCAGGUCCGAGGAGCACUCUCCGCGGAGCCUGGCGAAGCGGUCUUCAAUACCUCACUCAAUGGACCGGUAGCAAUCGAGAAAGACGUCAGAGCUCAUCCAGUCCGGGCCCCGACCUUGAAGCCAGUCCCAACCAACGCACAGAAUGA